AUGUACAAGAGAAAACUAGAAAGCGUUGAUGUCGGGAGCAUCCUAGUCUCUCAAAUGCAAGAAAGACACCUCAAGAGGAUCAGUAUCAGAAGCGGUCCUUUAAUUGGUGUUGAAGCACCCUUGCCGUUAUUCCAACAGGCUGCCGUUGUCAAGUCAUUUGAAGAGGAAAUAAUAGUAUCGGAUCAGAUACCUGUUCCUCAAAGACUGGAGGACCACGAGAUUUUAAUCCGCAACAAAUAUACAGGAUUGAACCAUGUGGACUGGAAAUCCAAAAAGUACCGCUUUAAUAUUCAUUCAUUCCCAUGGAUCAACGGGAGAGAAUCCAGCGGUAUUGUUGUCCGCAGGGGUGCUAAGGUCGAUAGGGAUAGAUUUCCAAUCGGGGCCGAGGUGUUUCUAGCGAGCACAUGCUACCGCGAGCUCAAAACAUCCACAUUCCAGGAAUUUACAGUAUUCGACUCGAGACUUGUGUGGAGGCUGCCACGCGAGAUUCUCCCUGACGGUACUACUCGCAAAAGGUUCGGACUCGACUUCGCAGCCGGAGUUGGUGUGCCGCUGGUCACUGCGGGCUCCGCGCUCUCAUCUUUCGUCGACUUCAAUGAGAUUGGGAAGGCAGACCAGGGCAGGUCCUUGGUUGUUUGGGGAGGCUCAAGUUCUGUCGGCAUAUUCACAAUCCAGCUCGCCAGAAACCUAGGAAUUUUCAAGAAUAUCAUUGCUGUGUCAAGCUUGAGAUAUGAGGAUUACCUAAAGGAGUUGGGGGCUACGGCCGUUAUCGACAGAACGCUUCCUUCUGAAGAACUGGUGCAGAAAUUCCAAGAGUUAUGCCCAACGGGUGUCGAUUAUGGUGUCGACGUGAUUUCUAAGAAGACAGCAGAGCUUGUUCUUGAAAUCUUGAAAGAUGGAAAAGGGACGAAAAAGUCUCUAGUAUGCCUCAGCGGCGCUCCUGGCGAGGACGUGAGGGCUAAAUACCCUGACAUUAAGGUCGAAGCCGUGGGGAUUAAGAGGUUUCAUGAGGAUCUGGUAUUCGGGGAGACUUUCGUGAAGUUCACAUCUGACCUAUUCGAGAAAGGCCAAUUAAACCCUGUUCGCAGCGUUAAAGUGUUUAAGGGUUUUGAAAAGUUUGGUGUUGGUUUAAGAAAUGGGUUGAAGGAACUUGAGGAGCGUGGCUCUAGCGCGGAGAAAUUUGUAGUACGUUUGUAA